AGGAAUAAUGACUCCGGGGAAGAGUCAAAAAUUAGGUUGCAUCGCGGACAUUUGUUCCGUUGAUUUUGGAGGGAUCAGAAUAAAUUAUUUAAAUAAUAUAAUUUUUCAUCUUUAAUUUGAUCGAUAGUUAUAAUUACCAUAUACUUAUCUAUCAAUUGAUAUAACCAUGUCGUCUACAAGAAUUGAAUCCGAUGCUUUCGGUGAAAUUGAAGUUGCCUCCGAUAAAUAUUGGGGUGCUCAAAGUCAAAGAUCCUUAGGAAAUUUUGAAAUUGGAGAUAUUAAGAUGCCUCCUUCAAUUGUUAAAUCAUUUGGUAUUUUAAAGAAAGCAGCUGCUAUAGUUAAUGAAGAUCUUGGUGCCUUAGAUCCAAAAAUUGGUGCUGCCAUUAAAGAAGCUGCCACUGAAGUUGCUGAUGGUAAAUUGACUGAUCAUUUCCCAUUAGUUAUCUAUCAAACUGGGUCAGGUACUCAAUCUAAUAUGAAUGCAAAUGAAGUUAUUUCCAAUAGAGCCAUUGAAAUCUUAGGUGGUGUUAAAGGUUCUAAAAAGCCAGUUCAUCCAAAUGAUCAUGUUAAUAUGUCUCAAUCUUCUAAUGAUACUUUCCCUACCGUUAUGCAUAUUGCAGCUGUUACUGAAAUCUCUAAUGGUCUUUUACCAAAUUUGAGAGAUUUACGUGAUGCUUUCGAAAAGAAAUCUCAAGAAUUCAGUAAAAUUAUAAAGAUUGGUAGAACCCAUUUACAAGAUGCUACUCCAUUGACCUUAGGUCAAGAAUUUUCUGGUUACGUUCAACAAUUAACCUUUGGUAUUGAAAGAGUCGAACUGACCUUACCAAGAUUAUCUUUAUUAGCCCAAGGUGGUACUGCUGUUGGUACUGGAUUAAACACCAGAAAAAAUUUUGAUGUUAAAGUUGCUGAAGAAGUUUCUAAACUUACUGGAUUACCAUUCAAAACCGCUCCGAAUAAGUUCGAAGCCUUAGCUGCUCAUGAUGCCAUCGUUGAAGCUUCCGGUGCUUUAAACACCUUAGCUGUUUCAUUAUUCAAAAUCGCCAACGAUAUUAGAUACUUAGGUUCAGGACCAAGAUGUGGUUAUGGUGAAUUAUCAUUACCAGAAAAUGAACCAGGUUCUUCAAUCAUGCCUGGUAAAGUUAAUCCAACUCAAAAUGAAGCUUUAACUAUGGUUUGUGCUCAAGUUAUGGGUAAUCAUACUACUAUUACCUUUUCCGGUGCAUCUGGUCAAUUUGAAUUGAAUGUUUUCAAACCAGUUAUGGCUUACAAUUUAUUAUCUUCUGUUAGAUUACUUGGUGAUGCUUGUCGUUCAUUCAGAAUACAUUGUGUUGAAGGUAUUAUUGCUAAUGAAGAUAAAAUUGAAAAACUUUUGAAUGAAUCUUUGAUGUUAGUUACCGCUUUAAAUCCAAAGAUUGGUUAUGAUAAUGCAUCAAAAGUUGCUAAAAAUGCUCAUAAGAAAGGAUUAACUUUGAAAGAAUCAUGUCUUGAGUUAAAUAUGUUAACUGAAGAAGAAUUUCAUCAAUGGGUUAGACCUGAAAAUAUGCUUGGACCAAAAUAAACUCUAUAUUAAUUAAUUAUUUAAUAGUAAUCUAUAUUCUAUUU